GUGGGGGCGGAGCACCUGCUGGGGCACGGGGGGCACGCGGGGGCCCUCCGCGUGGCCUCCUACGAGCACGGCGGGAACAUCCAGCCGCCGCUGGGGGCCCAGGUGAGCCACGGGCACGGGCCCGGCGGCGGCGGCGGCGGCGGGGACGACAAGCCCUCCAAGCAGAAGCGGCACCGCACCCGCUUCACCCCCGCACAGCUCAACGAGCUCGAGCGCUGCUUCUCCAAGACCCACUACCCGGACAUCUUCAUGAGAGAGGAGAUCGCCAUGCGCAUCGGACUCACCGAAUCCAGGGUCCAGGUGUGGUUCCAGAAUCGGCGGGCCAAAUGGAAGAAGCGAAAGAAGACGACGAACGUGUUCCGGACUCCGGGUGCUCUACUUCCGUCGCAUGGUCUCCCGCCGUUUGGCGCCAUGUCCGACGGUAUCUGCUCCUCUUCCAUGUUUAGUUCUUCCGAGCCGCGCUGGGGCGUUACCGGUUUAAGCCAGCUAAGUCAAGGUGGAGUUUCGAUGGGUGGUUUUAGUCAGUUGUCGCAUCAAAGCCCAACGCUAAGUUCAACGUUAGCCAACUCGAUGGCUUCCAAUGGAUCGUCAGUGUAUCAAACCCAUUAUGGGCUCAAUUCUUUAGAUCCUGUUUUUUAUGGGCACGACGCCGGAGGGAGCGAAAACAUCUGAUACAAGUUCUCGAGCAGUUCCCAGUAUGGAAGCUGAGCGAGUGAAAUUUAGAUAUAUUCUGUAAAUAAGUGUAAUUAUUAACUGUAGUAUACCAAAUACCAAAUCUGAGUUUCCAAA